AUGUCAAAUUAUGUUCUCACUUGUAUAGCCCAUGGAGAAAAUCUCUCAAAAGAAACCGUCGAUCAGAUUGUCAAAGAAGUCGUUGAGAGCUCAGAAAAAGAGAUAUCGAUCAAUAGUACCAAGAAACUAUCAGCAAGAGCCACCGAUAUAUUCCUCAAAGUUAGAGGACCAAUUGUACAAAAAGACCUCAAGAAUGAACUGAUGAAUGUGAUUGAUAGUUAUGAUGAUGUUGAUGUGAUCGUUUCUGUCGACAAUGAAUAUCGUCAAGCCAAAAAGCUUUUCGUCUUUGACAUGGAUUCAACAUUAAUCUACCAAGAGGUCAUCGAAUUGAUUGCUGCUUACGCUGGUGUUGAAGAACAAGUGCAUGAAAUUACAGAAAGAGCUAUGAACAAUGAGCUUGAUUUCAAAGAGUCUUUAAGAGAACGCGUUAAAUUAUUGAAGGGCCUCCAAAUCGAUACGUUAUAUGAUGAAAUAAAACAAAAGUUGGUAAUCACUAAAGGUGUGCCAGAACUAUGUAAAUUCCUUCACGACAAAAAUUGCAAACUUGCUGUUUUAAGCGGUGGGUUUAUCCAAUUUGCCAGUUUUAUCAAGGACCAAUUACGUUUAGAUUUUUGUAAGGCAAACUUGUUGGAAGUUGAUGCUGAUGGAAAAUUAACUGGUAAAACACUGGGUCCUAUUGUAGAUGGCCAAUGCAAAAGUGAAACUCUUCUACAGCUGUGUAAUGACUACAAGGUGCCUGUGGAAGCAAGUUGUAUGGUCGGUGACGGUGGUAACGACCUACCAGCCAUGGCUACCGCCGGGUUUGGGAUUGCAUGGAACGCCAAGCCAAAGGUGCAAAAAGCCGCACCUUGCAAGUUGAAUACCAAGUCCAUGACUGACAUCCUAUACAUCCUUGGCUACACCGACGAGGAAAUAUACGAUAGACAAUAA